AUGAAGACACCAACCGUGCUGCUGGUGGAGACUACAUUUUCCUCUGGUAUCGGCUCAACUGAUAAGAGUAAAGCUCUCACUGCUCUUAAUGCCUCCACCACCCUCCAGGAGGUGGCAAACCUUCAGGCUCAAGGGUUCAAAAAGCUCAGUGUCAAUCUUAACAAAGGAACAACUGGAACAAAAGUAUAUGUGUGGCACAUGAAAGAAGGUUGUGAAUCACAGAUCCAAAGCAUGGUUCUACUGAUCAAUCCUGACACUUGGAGCGUGUAUAAGAAGGAGGGAAUCAUUGUUAUUGACAAGAAUCUGAAUGAGGGCAACAAAGGCUGGCCAAUAUCCAGCCUCAAGGAGGGGGAGUUGCAACAGCACGCCGACCGGAGGGCACGUGGCCUUCCCAACAUUACACAACAUCUAUACCUGGAUAACAACCUACUGGUUACCAUACCAUCUGAUUCCUUUGUUGAUCUCCCCCUGCUGUUUGAGCUAGAUCUUUCACACAAUAGGCUGGUUCACCUGGAACCUGGAGCAUUCCUAGGUUUGGCUGGCUCAUUGAGCAGACUAGAUCUUUCCUCCAACCAGCUAGAGACCCUGGAUCCCAUGUUGUUGGGGGACCUCAGUGCCCAGACUAACCUCUCUCAUAACCCCUGGCUGUGUGACUGCCGUCUGCAACUGGCUAUGCCACAGCAGCUCUUGGAUCCAUCCUCGCUCGCUGAGGUGGUUUGCAACAAUUCUGAGCCAGAAGAGCUUGGGGCACAAGGUAUGCCAUUCAUCUUAGUGGCGGCUGAUCUCGACUUCUGUGCAGCACUCAGGAGGACCACUGACGUGGCUAUGCUGAUAACAAUGUUUGGCUGGUUUAUAAUGGUUAUAUCAUACAUGGUUUACUAUGUCAGACACAACCAAGAAGAAGCCAUAUGCCACCUUGAGUAUCUAAAAUCUCUCCCCAGCAGGCAAGGUGGAAUCAUUAACUCUUAA